AUGAUCAGUAGCGAAGAUUUCAAUUUAUUACAGGAACAACUUAUUUCAUUAAAAAGAGAAAAGUAUGAAUUCUCUGAAAAAGAAAAGAAAUUAAAUAAUGAAUUAAAGUUAUUAAAGGAACAGCUCGAAGAGGAUGGUGGAAAGAAAAAGUCAUCCCUUUUUUCAGAUAUUGUUUCAAGAAAAGGUAAAAUGAAUGAAAUUCAAGAGGAGAAUGAAACUCUCAAGAAAACAAUUCAGCAAAAUUCAGUCGUUUAUAUAGAGCAAAAUGAAGCGCUUAAACACAAUAUUAAAAGUUUAUUUGAAACUAAUAGUCAACUCGAAGAGCAGAUUCUAUUAUUAAAAAAAGAUAUUCAAACAUAUGUGUUGAAAAGUGAGGAGCAACAAAAUACAGUUAGAAAAUUACAAGUCGAUUUGGCCGAAUUACAUUGUACCAAUGAAGAUCUUGAAUUAAAACUUCAAAAUCAAACAAAUCAAAGCUCAAAUAGUAAUAUUACAAAUACAAAUACUAAUACUACAGGUGUAUCAUUAGACUCUAUUGUUGAAAUUUUAAAUGGUUUUAAUUUAGAAAAUGACGAAUUAAAAGAAAAGAUUACAGAUUUAUUUAAUAUGUCGCAAGAUGAUAAUAAUAAUGCAGCUACCACACCACCAUCACCAGUCACACCAAAAGAAAUUAUUUUCCAUCCAUUAGGUGAACCAGAAUAUAAUCCAGAUAAUGAAAAAGAAAAGCAAAAGCUUAGGGAUACAAUCAAACAUUUAAUGGAGCAGAUUAGAGAUAAUGAGGGUAAAGCUAAUAAAAAUAGUAGUGAAAUUAAAGAAGCAAUUGAAAACAAUGAACAAUUAAAUUUACAAAUUUCACAAUGGAAAGAAAAACAUAGAGAGGCUGAGAUUAAUCGUGUUAAAAUUGAAGAAAGAUUAGAGGGUGAUAUUAAAAAGCUUAGAGAAGAGUAUAGCAAUAUUGAAUCAGAAAAACAAAAGUUAGAAGAGGACUUUCAAAAGAUGCAAAAUGCUUUACAAGUUUCAUCAAAGAAAUUCGAAGAAUCAAUUGAACAACAGGACUCUACUCUUCAUUCAGAAAAAGAAAAAUAUGAAAAGUUAUUAAAUGAAAGAUCACAAGAAUUAACAAACCAAAAGUAA